CGCCCAGUCGCACGUGGCGGACCCGCCCCCUGGGCCGUCCGCGUCCUGGACUCCUCCGGCUCCGGCUCUCCCGUCCUCGGCCCCGGUCCCAGGGGCGCGAUGAGCUUCCUGAGCCGGCAGCAGCCGCCGCCGCCCCGCCGCCCAGGGGCUACCUGCACUUUGAGGCAGAAGUUGAUUUUCUCGCCCUGCAGCGACUGUGAGGAGGAGGAAGAGGAGGAAGAGGAGGAGGGCAGCGGCCACAGCACCGGGGAGGAUUCCGCCUUUCAAGAGCCCGACUCGCCGCUGCCGCCCGCUCGUAGCCCCACAGAGCCCGGGCCCGAGCGCCGCCGCUCGCCCGGCCCGGCCCCCGGCAGCCCCGGGGAGCUGGAGGAGGACAUGUUGCUGCGGGGCGCCUGUCCGGGCGCGGACGCUCCGGGCGGCGGGGCCGAGGGCGACUCGUGGGAGGAGGAGGGUUUCGGCUCCUCGUCGCCGGUCAAGUCGCCGGCAGCCGCCUACUUCCUGGGCAGCUCGUUCUCGCCGGUGUGCUGCGGCGGCGCGGGGGACGCGUCCCCGCGCCGCUGCGGGGCGCGCCGGGCUAGCGGCGGCCCCUGCUCGCCUCUGCCGGACCACCCAGGCACCCCGCCGCACAAGACCUUCCGCAAGCUGCGGCUCUUCGACACGCCGCACACGCCCAAGAGUUUGCUCUCCAAAGCGCGAGGAAUCGAUUCCAGCUCUGUUAAACUCCGAGGUGGUUCUCUAUUCAUGGAUACAGAAAAAUCAGGAAAAAGGGAAUUUGACAUGCGACAGACUCCUCAAGUGAAUAUUAAUCCUUUUACCCCAGAUUCUGUGUUACUUCAUUCUUCAGGACAAUGUCGUAGAAGAAAGCGAACACAUUGGAAUGAUUCUUGUGGUGAAGACAUGGAGGCCAGUGAUUAUGAGUUUGAAGAUGAAACAAGACCUGCUAAAAGAAUUACAAUUACUGAAAGCAAUAUGAAGUCUCGGUAUACAACAGAAUUUCAUGAGCUAGAGAAAAUUGGCUCUGGAGAAUUUGGUUCAGUGUUUAAGUGUGUGAAGAGGCUGGAUGGAUGCAUUUAUGCCAUUAAACGAUCAAAAAAGCCAUUGGCUGGCUCUGUUGAUGAGCAGAACGCUUUGAGGGAAGUAUAUGCUCAUGCAGUGCUUGGACAACAUUCUCAUGUAGUUCGAUAUUUCUCUGCAUGGGCAGAAGAUGAUCAUAUGCUUAUACAGAAUGAAUAUUGUAAUGGUGGAAGUUUAGCUGAUGCCAUAAGUGAAAACUAUAGAAGCAUGAGUUACUUUACAGAAGCAGAGUUGAAGGAUCUCCUUUUGCAAGUUGGCCGGGGCUUGAGGUAUAUUCAUUCAAUGUCUUUGGUUCAUAUGGAUAUAAAGCCUAGUAAUAUUUUCAUAUCUCGAACCUCAAUCCCCAAUGCUUCCUCUGAAGAAGGAGAUGAAGAUGACUGGGCUUCCAACAAAGUUAUGUUUAAAAUAGGUGAUCUUGGGCACGUAACAAGGAUCUCUAGUCCACAAGUUGAAGAGGGUGAUAGCCGGUUUCUUGCAAAUGAAGUUUUGCAAGAGAAUUAUACUCAUCUACCAAAAGCGGAUAUUUUUGCCCUUGCCCUCACAGUGGUAUGUGCUGCUGGAGCUGAACCUCUUCCCAGAAAUGGAGACCAAUGGCAUGAAAUCAGACAGGGUAGAUUACCUCGGAUUCCUCAAGUGCUUUCCCAAGAGUUUACAGAGUUGCUAAAAGUUAUGAUUCAUCCAGAUCCUGAGAAAAGACCUUCAGCAAUGGCACUGGUAAAGCACUCAGUAUUGCUGUCUGCUUCUAGAAAAAGUGCAGAACAAUUACGAAUAGAAUUGAAUGCUGAAAAAUUCAAAAAUUCACUUUUACAGAAAGAACUCAAGAAAGCUCAGAUGGCAAAAGCUGCAGCUGAGGAAAGAGCACUCUUCACUGAUCGGAUGACCACUAGGUCCACCACCCAGAGUAAUAGAACAUCUCGACUUAUUGGAAAGAAAAUGAACCGCUCUGUCAGCCUUACCAUAUACUGAACUACUCAAUUCCCACCUCCCCCAAAAAACUGUGACAAGAGGAAGCUAGGUUGAAAUCACUGCUAGAAUCCAGUUUGCAAUUACUUUCUCAAUCGGUGUCAGUAGUUUUACUGAAAUACCUUUUAGAACUUUUAUUUGUGAAUUACAGUUGAAAGCUGUAUCUUGACCAGUGGUAUAUCAGGCUUUCGUCUAGUCUUACUAGUCUGUCUUCUGUAGGAUAUCAGUGACUGUUGGAUGUUACACCAGCCUUUCCAGGGUUAACCACUGUGGUGGUGUGCUGCUUAUAGUUUGCUGUUGCAUUGUAAUAAAAGGUGUCUUCCCUGUAGUGACCUGUAAAAGGGAUGCAGGGGCUUUAUUACAAACAUAUUCUCCCUUUGAGAAGGGGAAUGCUAAGAGACUCAGUACUACUCAGCCUUCAAUGUACCUGUGUGUCAAUCUUAUAUUUCUUUUUUUUUAAUUGUGAAUUAUACUUGUAUAUCCAACUGGGAGCACUUUGUAGGCAUUGCAUCAACCAUGGAAUGAUAAUUCUGUGGAAGUAUUGCCUUGUGAAUUUGCUGCUAUUUUAGUUUUGUCUUUGCUGUAAAAUUGUAGCAUUAAACAAUCAUUGUUAAUAGGCUUUUUUGGAAAACAAUUAUGUGAAAUACAUAGCUGCUCUUGAUGACAAGCAGCUAUUUGCCUUUUUUUCUUUGAACUUUGAAGCUAGUGCAUUGGAGUAAUGCACCUUUUUUUCCCUUUUGGAUUGCUGUAUUAAUGUAGUAUAAUUAUUACUGGUUUUGUAAUUUUUCCUGAUAAUGCCCUUCCCUGACUCUUUUUUAAAAUGUUCCCUCCCUCUACCCAAGUUUUGUACUUGAUUGUAUUGUUAGUCUGUUUUUAAAUGUUUUGCCCAGUUUCUCUUCAAUAUUUGUGUAUAUAAACUAAUCUUGGUGAUAGUGUAUAUAGCUAUUUGAAAUGCCAGAAUGACUUCUGACUAUUCCAAGCUUUACACAAAAUAUAUUUUAUCAAUGAUAAGCCAUUUGACUAAUAAUACUGGCUAACCAGACAUUGCAAAAAACAAAAACAUAGAAUUUGUCUAUUAUUUGUUUUCCUAUUAAUUUUGGUUUACAAUUUGUUUACACUUGUCUGUUUGACUUGUGUUUUAUUAACAUUGAUUGGCAUAUUAAAAGUCACUCUGAGCUUACCUUAAUUGUCUAAUUCCUUGUGAUGCCUGUUUUCUACCAUUUUGUCUCUAGUAUCACUACAUUUUAACGUUUAGAGUAUAAUGUAUAUAAAGUACUAAAAGAGGGCACAGUUUUUGAUAGAAUAUGGAACAUUAUUUAAUGAUGAGUUUUAGGCUAUAUUAGUUACAUUUGGUAAUUGGAAGAAAAUUUGUCCAUCAACCACAAACUUUUUGUCACUGUAAAUAUUUAAUAUUUGUGUAUCACAUUGCAUAUUAUGCAUUUGAUCUGCUAGAAAUGUAAGAUAAUGUAGUUUAAAAUAGCUUUAGAUAUUAAGUGGAUAUAAAGACUCAGCUUUCUAAUUUAAGCUGAGUCACACAAGAGCUUCAAAGUAAGGCUGUAACUCAACUAGGCUAGAUUUUUUAAGAACUGAGAGUGCAAAUUUAAGUGAUAAACAGUGCUAAUUCUAUGUGACAUCUUUUUCUGAUACAGAUUAGAACCAGAGUAAGCAGCAAAGGCCUUAGAGCUUAGAGUGGAUUUCCCCCACCCCCCACAAAAAAAAUGAAACAAAACAAAAAAAA